AUGAUACGCAAAAGUUGACAAUCAAAAUAUUUUAACAUACUCUUGUUCAGAUCCCAUUCAACGCUUGCGCCCGCAGUUAAGAUGGCGGCAAACACAAUCACAAUUGACUGAACGCCGUUGGUGCCCCAAACAAAAAUGGCGAACGCGCUGCAGUCUGGUGCGGCCGCCGUGACCGAUUCGAGAUCCUCCAAACCGGACACCGACACCGAGUUCCUGACCCAGGUGGGCGCCGGUGCUGUACUGAGAGGCGCUCUCCUGAAGCUUUUAGAAGUCAGGUCCGAGGACCCCAUCGGUUUCCUGGCGGAUCAUUUUGGAAACCUGGCCCAGAGUUUGGAAAACGGCGAUUCGGGGAGCGCAGUCGAAGGAGACCAGAAGAAGAAGCAACAUCAGCAGCAAGCGCUGCAGGCGUCCGAGGAGCAAAACCAACACGCCAGAGCACUGUGGCACCUUACACAGGCACACCACUCGCAGAGAUCUGCGUUCAACAACAAUGUGGCCGUGGCGUUCUCGCUCCUCUCGCGGGGGGGCAGGAAGAGGAAGCCGGGGCUGAAGGGCAGGAUGUACACGGAGCUGCUGCGGCGCGUCUGCAGGGACGGGGGUGUGGCCGAGCCUGUCUCCGCCCCCCUGAUCAAGAAGCUCCACUGCCAGGACCACGAGGCCGUGCCCUUCGACCUCUUCCGCCACGCCGUGCUCACCUGCUUCGUGUUCGCGGACUUCAUGCGGAAAUCCCGCUCGCUGUUCGAGGCCGUGUCCCCGUCAGACGGGAUCCUGUGCCGGGCGGUGCUGGGCUCGCUGCGGGACGCCCUGGAGACGACGGGCUGCUCUGACCCGGCCAGGUACCUGGAGGCGAGCGCCAAGCUGACCCCUGGCAGGCUAGCCCAGGCCAUGGACCGAGCGCAGACCCUGGCCAGCGGCACGCCCAGCACGCUCAUGGGCCAGGAGGAGUUCAUCGAGGAGGCCUCGGCUCUGUUCAUCAGCAGGGUGAAGCUGGUCUCCUGAAUCCCUGCUAAAGUGCUUGAAGAUUACAGAAUGAGUCCAUCAAACCAGGGAUGGAAACUCCCACUGCGUAGCAGUUUGAUCCAUUCCUGGUUUUCACUACGAGCUAAAUAAGGCGCACAUGAGCUUGUUACCUCUACACUGGGGCUAAUUAAAACCUGGAUUGGGGGUGAAACUGCUAUGCAACAGGAGUCUUAUUUCCAUCCCUAGAUCAUCUGUUUUUUCAUGUCUGUUAGCUUUUGCCUGGGUCCCAAAUGUGCAGUUUUUUACAGCAAAGAUUUAAACUUGCACUUCAACGUUUUGAAGCCUUUUAAAUUAUGUAAUUAUUAUUAUUAUUUUUUUUGAUGGUCGUUAUUUAUUUAACAUUUUUGUAUUAUUUUGCUGAUGUAAAUAUAAGUUAACUAUAGAAGUUUAAAAAAAAACAGUGAAAAGAGUGGUGUGAAUAAAUGAACGCUGUACGAUUCUGCACGUCGGGGUCCGAACUGUGCGGCUAAUAAAACAGACAGCCUCUGUGCUUCUAUCGUGAAAAGAA